AAAACUCAACAACAGAAACAGUGUCACAGUGUGAAGAGCCAAUACAUACACACACACACACAAAUAUCUCUCUAUUCAGUAUUCACCCUACUUCGCCUCUGUUUCAUUUCUCGCCCUUUGUUUCUCUCAAACCACACUCAAAUACACCAUUGUUUCAUCAUCAUCUAGACUUCUUUUCAGUCAUUUAGGAGAUUCCAUUUUCGAUUUUUUCACAACUACUUUUCCUCCUUUCUGCGUUGUCAAAUGUCGGCGCGAUAGUCGCUAUAAUCAACUUUAUGCUGGAACUUAAACCUUUUGUUACUGUUUCGUGAGAUCUUUGUUUGCAUGAUUGCUGCUUUUCUGGAAAUUUUAAGAUAACAUGGGUAGAGGUAGAGGAAAGGGUAAAAAGCUAUCUGUUACUAACCAAGAUGAUAUCAUAAGUGGUGAAGACGAAAAGGUACCAAUACAGAAGAAAAGAGGGAGGCCACAGAAACCGAUAAAGGACGACUUUGACGAAGAAAUUGAGAAAAUAGAAGAUAUUAACGGUGAGAAUGUUAAGAAUGGAGUAUCUAACAAAGAGGUGAAAAGUCCUGCAGCAACAGAACUUGCAAGGAAAAGGAAACGGAAUUCACAGGUAAAAGAAAAACUAGAUUCAGUUGAGGAAGAAAAUGGCGUUGGAAGCCGAUCAAGCACGGAGGAAUCUACAAAAACCAACGGAUUUAGGCAUAACGGAAGCAGACGCAAAAGCACACCUUGUAGAGCUGCUGAAGCUGGUGUGCAGUGCAAGUAAGAGAACAAUGAAAGUUGCGCAAUCAACUUUCUUCCUUUUCAUAUUACCGGCUAAAAUAUGAUAUAGGAAGUGAGGCCUAGAAAUCUUUGAUUUACCUGUUUUUGCAUCUCUAUUUUUCCUUUUUGAUUUGGUGAUUCCGUAACAUUAAUGUCAAUCAUGAAUUUGAGGUUUUAGUAGUAGUUUUUUAGUAACAGUUUGAAUUCAAAUCUUUUUUACUUUGACUUUCAACUUAAUUUGAGGUUAAUGAGAAAAGGUUUGGUUACACUUUUUAA